CCCGGCCCCGCCCCCGCCCCCGACACGUACGGCGAGGAGUGGGGCCGCACCGACGACCCGGCGCCCUCCUACGCCGACCCCUACUGGCACGCCGACCAACACUACGGAUACGGAGACAAUGCGGCGAGUGCGGGGGACGAGGCGGGCGAGGGGGAGCCCCGCCCCACCAUCACGAUGCCGGGAGCCGCCCCCUCGCGCCCCGCCCCUUACGCCCACUACGACGAGGACGCCCCGCCCGCAGCCGACGCCGCGGCGCAGGCGCAGCGCGAGGGCGGCGCGCAGUCCGGCGAGCAGGAGGGCAAGGGCAAGGAGGAGGGCGGCAAGGCGGAGGGCAAGGGCAAGGGAAAGGGCGGCUGGCUGGGCGGCAUCCUCACCAAGCUCUCGCUGCGCCCGCCCAACCAGAUGAUCCUGCCCGACGACAGCAACCCCACGAUCGUGUGGGACGCGGAGCACAAGCGCUGGCGCAACCUGGACCAGGACGGAGACGACACGCCCCGCCCCCCGCCGCCGCCCCCUGCACGCUCCGCCCCGCCCGCACAGUCAGCACCGCAGUCGGGCGCGCCGAGCGGUGCCCAGGGCGGAGGCGCGCCGCCCGUCGCCAACAUCUUUAAAAUGCAGAAAGGAAGACACAUAAAGAAGUCGUACGUGGACGUGUUCAACCCGAGCGGCGCGGCCACCCGGCCCCUGCCCCCCGCCGCGGAGGUGCUCGGCGCCCCGCCCCCCGCCGCCCUGGCCCCGCCCACAUACUUCGUGCCCGCACCCAUCGCCGCACAGGUACUACAUUCACUUACAAUCGUUGUUAAUUUUGAUUUCCCUUUUCAUAAAAUAUAAUAGUUUACUACUACUAGAAAUUUGUGAUUGAUAGAUCGCAAAUGGUUUGGUUAGUAUACAGCAGAUCUCCGGCCUUGUCGAUUCUGCCACCGCUCCGGUUCAGAGCAAUGUUAGUGUAACGUAACAAUAACAUGACAUUAACAUAUUGUGGAUGUGUUUGUUUGCGUGCGGCGGCAGGAGGGGGAGGGGGAGGGAGAGGGGGAGGUCGUGCCCAACGGCCACUAGCAGGUAACGUACAAGCACACAGCUGCACGUCCCACAACUUGACACUUCUCCUGCAGCACAAUCAUAACAAACAACAAUUGCACGAUAUGUAAAUACUCGAUAAUAAACUUGUUCUAUGCAGGGAUACUACGAUCCCGCACAGCCGGCAGAGGAUGUGUCCCGCUAGAACACCCCGCGGGGC